UGAAUUCAGAGGAAGCAACUAGUACUAAACUAAAUGAAGCAAGUUGGCGUACGUAAAAGUGGAGAAGGGCAAAGGCAAGGUGGUUUGGCGGCAUUAAUAUCUAACCAACGCUAGCUGCUUGCUUGCAAGGCACAUGCAGGUUAAAGCUAUUCGAUCCCUUUACUGCUACCUUCCCCCACACAUCGUCAACAUCUCUUUAACAGAAUAUGUCUCGUGCUCCCAUCCACUUUAUAUUGCCCCUAUCACCCACACUAUAUAAAAUAUUCUUCUUCUGCUUCACCCAUAUUUUGGUUGUCUUGACAAUGGGAAAUUGUCAUACCCUCCCUGUUCCUGCCGCAAUGAAUCUCUCCAAGAAAAGCAGUUCUCUGCUUGCCAUCGACACCAUUUUCAAGCUUCCCUCUCCACUCCCAGUUUGGCCAAAGGGGGAAGGAUUUGCAAGUGGGAUUAUGGAUCUGGGAGGUGGAUUGCAAGUGCGUCAGAUAUCAGACUUGGUGAAAGUUUGGGCAACCCGUGAAGGUGGACCCGACAACCUUGGGGCUACGUUUUUCGAACCAUCCCAGAUGCCAGAUGGUUUCCAUAUGUUGGGUUCGUACAGUCAACCAAACAACAAGCCCUUCUUCGGAUGGGUUCUUGCAGGGAAAGAUGACGGAUCAGCUGAAGCUUUGAAAACGCCACUCGAUUAUACUCUGGUUUGGAGCAGUGAGUCUUCAAAGAUCAAGGCAGAUGGGAAUGGCUACGUCUGGCUGCCAAUUCCCCCCGAUGGUUACAAAGCCGUAGGUCACGUGGUCACAACCUCGCCUGAGAAGCCAUUGCCAGAUAAAAUCAGGUGCGUUCGAUCUGACCUCACGGAACAAAGCGAGGCUUUCACGUGGAUCUGGGGUCCAGGUAAAACCAGCGAUGCCAAUGCCUUCAAUGUGUACAGUGUGAGGCCCAGCAUUAGGGGGACCAAAGCUCUUGGUGUCUCUGCUGGUACUUUUGUGGCUCAAAUUGGUGGGACUGCCUCUCCUUUGUCUAUUGCUUGUUUGAAGAAUGCCGAGUCCAACUUUUCUUGUAUGCCAAAUCUAAUGCAGAUUGAGGCAUUGAUUCAAGCCUACUCUCCAUGGGUGUACUUCCAUUCAAAAGAAGAGUUCCUACCUUCUUCAGUGAACUGGUAUUUUGGGAUGGGGGCACUUUUGUAUAAGAAAGGGGAAGAAUCAAACCCUGUUCCAAUCGAACCCAAUGGCUCGAACCUUCCCCAGGGUGGUUCAAACGAUGGUGCUUAUUGGCUAGACCUGCCUGUGGAUGCUGGGGCCAAAGAUACAGUCCGGAAAGGAGAGCUACGAAGCUCCCAAGUUUAUGUACAUGUAAAACCCAUGAUGGGUGCAAGCUUCACAGACAUAGCCAUUUGGAUUUUCUAUCCAUUUAAUGGUCCGGCUAGGGCUCAGCUUGGUGUUGUCACCGUCUCACUGGGAAAGAUAGGUGAACAUGUUGGUGAUUGGGAGCAUGUGACCCUUAGAGUAAGCAAUUUCAAUGGGGAGCUUCAAAGGGUUUACUUCUCACAACACAGUGGAGGAACAUGGGUGGAGGCAUAUGACCUUGAGUUUCAAAGUGGGAACAAAGCUGUGGGCUAUGCAUCAUUGCAUGGACAUGCUUUGUAUGCAAAGGCAGGAGUUGUGUUGCAAGGGAAUGGAGCAAUAGGAAUAAGGAACGAUACGGAGAAGAGCAAGGUGGUGAUGGAUACUGGAGGGAGCUUUGAAAUAGUGGCAGCUGAAUAUUUGGGGUCAGCUGUUGCUGAGCCAGCUUGGCUGAACUAUUGCAGGGAAUGGGGUCCCAAAAUUAGCUAUGACAUUGCAGAGGAGAUCAAGAAGGUGGAGAAAAAAUUGCCUGGACCACUUAAAUCUGCUUUCAAGAAGUUUGUCAAUGCCCUACCAAAUGAAGUCUUGGGGGAGGAGGGUCCCACGGGUCCCAACAUGAAGGGCAACUGGCUUGACGAUGAAAAAUGAUUCA